AUGUCCUCCCUCCGCACCCUCUUGACUCUUACCUCUCUGCUAGCCGCCACCGGCGUCUCGGCGCAGAAUAUUUCUGGAGCCCCUACAGGUAAUCCCUCUGCUGCCAGCGGCCAGACUUUCAAUGAGCCCACCAGCUCUUGGACUCAGUGGCAGGCUAAGCCCACAUACGCUUAUACGGACCUGCCUGAUCAGUACCUCGGUACCACUGGCAAUCCUGACUCGAAUGGCUAUGUGCCACCUCAAGAGGGUUACAAUCGAUGUCUUCAAGGAGACGGCUCGUGGAACUCCAACUCUUCUUGUCAGACUGCCUGGAUCAACUCAGUCGAUGACUUCUGUCUCUGGGGACCCCCAGGAGAGGGAGAGGAAGUCGGAUCGUUUGAGAGGAAAGCCGUCGCUUACUGCACCAAGCCUACGCACGGAACCCGUCUGAUUCCCGAUGGUACCCUCACUGGUGUGCACUUUGUCGCUACCUCGGACUAUGUACAGGUGACUGGUCUGGGAGACUUUACUACAAUGGGGUACGUCGACGGUGACGCUGGUGGAGAGAUGGAUCCUCACGGUGAGGACGACCGUUCAAAUCCCAUCGGAGGAGUCGUCUACACGACGGCUCAGCCAGACCGUGAGGGUCAGGCCACCUUUGUACGAGAAUGGACAAACUUCAUGUCCUUUGACCGAUUCUGCUUUCGAGCCUGCUGGGGUGAGCUAGCCCGACUACAGUGUCAGCACAUCUACGACGUUCUUGGAUGCAACUUUAACAUCCCAGCUAAUUACUCCGAGGGAUUCGAAGACUGCACUGGUGAAAUUGCUAUGCUGCAAGGAAUUUACUCUACCCGUGGUUCCACUUCGACCUUUCAACAAGGAGACGCAACUACACCUCAACCUCACCCUGCUCCGUCUUCUUCGUGCAAGAGCGUCUCGUCGGUAGGAAAUGGUGGUGUUCUACUAGCCACCUACUCUUCGUCUGCUACUAGCAUGUCUACAGCUUCACGAUCCUCUAGCGUCAGCGGAGUGGAUGCCGCCGCCAGUCGAUCUACCUCGACCGCCGCCGGAUCUGCUUCUUCGACGGCUUCCUCUGCUGGAUCUGGAUCCGCAUCCACAAAUACUUCUGCAGCAUCGUCCGCUUACACUGCCGGAUCUGCCCUUGUGCUCCUUGCAGCUGUAGGUGUCGCAAUGGUCACACUGCUUUAA